AUGCAAGACCGCAACCCAGCAUGGGAGGACCUGAAGACAGCCAUGUCCAUGGUUGCAGAAGCUGCGUCCGCCCAGUAUCCAGAGCUGCACCAGAUUGCAAUCGAGCUCCUCAGAUCCGUUGCCAGCCGUGCGCGUGAGAGUGGCGGCAAGUCGAUUGCGAACUACGAUGUCCUCAUCUUCAGGGGCGAACCUGCGGACCGGAGGAGGAGCCUUUCUGUCCGCCUGGCAAGCGUGCGCAGAGGUCGGGGCAAAGUGCGGGAGGCAGCUCCAGGGGCUGAGAGGGUCUUGGAAAUGAUGAACAAUACGCACCACCAUCUUCUGCUUUCAACUUCUCCGUUGUAG